AUGACACUUGACAAGGACGCCAAAAUUAUUUUAGUCGGAGCUGGUGUUUUUGGCUUAUCCAACGCUUUGCAUCUUGCAAAGAAUGGUUACAAAAAUAUCACGGUCUUUGACAGAUUAGAUUUCGAAGCGAAUCACUAUACAUUACUUGAGGGCGCAGAUACCGCAUCUGCUGAUAUAAACAAGAUUUUUAGAGCCCAAUAUGCGGAAAAAAAACAUUAUCAAGAGCUCGCUUUUCAAGCUUUCGAAAUUUGGCAGGAAUGGGAUCGUAAAAUACAACUACUCCCGGACUCAGAAGCUAAUAAAUUCACUGACCUAAAAUUAUUGGAUCUAUGUGGUAUGCUAAGGCUAGAUAAUCAAGUUGGAUGGGAGGAAUUAGCCUCGAGAGAUAAUUUUGCCAGAGAAGGACUUAGUCCUUUGCGUUUUAAUAUCAACGAUAAAAACGAUCUUAAAAGAGCAAGAGCGCUGGGCUAUGGCCCAAAAGUUCAGUUUGCAUUAGAUUUGAAGUCCAAAAUCCCUACCUUGGAGGGUGCAUUCGACUCUACGUCAGGGGUGUUAUAUGCUUCCAGAUGUUUGCAGUAUGCGGCUUAUCUUUGCAAGUCAAUGGGUGUUCGUUUUAUCAUGGGAGAAAAUAAAGGUACUUUCGUAAAGUACUUUAUGAUAGAUAAUAAAACAGUUGGAGGGAUAGUGACACUAGAUGGAAAAAUACACAAGGCAGAGUUGGUGGUAAUUAACUGUGGCCCUUGGUCAACGUCUCUUGUCCCUGAAUUGGAUGGUAUCAAUGAGGGGACAGGAGGAAAUAUUCUAAUGUGCAAAAUACCAGGUAAUCGUAAGGAUUUGAGAGUUAAGUACUCCUCUAAGAAUUUCCCUAUCAUUGGCUGGAAAAGUGGACAUUCAAGAGAGCAAGAGUAUUUAGCUGGUAUGUUUAUUUUUCCAGUACUUGAACCCGAAGGAUUUUUAAAGAUUAUUGUAAGACAAACGAAAUAUACGAAUCCUGAAAAAUUGGCGAAUGGAAGAAUUGUUUCAAUACCUAAGACAUCAAACAGUAAUCCUCCUUUUAAGACUCUACCUCAGCAUAUUGUUCAUCAAGUGAAGGAAUGGCUUCAGAUUUUUUUCCCAGAUUUGCUUAAUUUGAAAUGGGAAAGCAGGAUCUUAUGGUAUACUGAUACAAUCAACAAUGACUAUAUUUAUGACUAUGUCCCAGAAAAAAGAGGGCUAUUUGUAGCUUGCGGGGGUUCUGGUCAUGCCUUUAAGAUGUUACCCGUACUAGGCCAAUUUCUUGUGGAUAAGAUUGAAGGACGUGAGAAUUUCUACACAAAUUUGUUUGCUUGGAGAAAUGCAAGAGAUUUUGAAAAAGAUCCAAAUGGUCUAAGAGAAGGAAUAAAUGGGAGAAGAGUAUAUAAAAGGCAAUUGAUGUCAACUCCUCAAGACUAUAUAUUUGACAAGACCGCUCUACAUUUGUAG